AUGGCUUCCAAUAUCUUGUUCACAAGCACCUAUCACUCCAAGCCUUACCCAGCAAUCGAGCCAUCUCUGCAAGAGAAGAACAUCAAUGGGAAGAUAGUUUUCAUAACCGGGGGUGGUUCUGGAAUUGGAAGGGCCAUUGCCGUUGCUUUUGCAAAAGCGAAGGCUGCGAGCAUCGUCAUAAUCGGGCGCACGAAGGAAUCUUUGGAUGCCGCAAAAAAUGAAAUCGAGAGCUCUAGUACUACGACAGUCAGAACAAUUGCUGCCGACGUAACUAUCGCUGCCGACAUCCAGACCGCCUUUAAUUGUGUCUCCUCAGAACUUGGUGCUGUCGAUAUUCUUGUCAACAAUGCUGGAUAUUUAGCUGAACCAGCUGCGGUGGCCAGCGCGUCAGUUGAAGAAUGGUGGAAAGCAUUUGAGGUUAACUGCAGAGGCGGUUUGCUUGUUACCCAAGCAUUCCUUUCCGUGGCAUCUAAGAAGGCCGUUAUGAUCAAUAUGAGUACUGCGGGGACAUAUUUGCCUCCCACUCACCACCUCUCUGCGUAUUCCGCAUCUAAACUGGCCUUCUUGCGUGUUCUCGACUUCGCUUUGCUAGAAAAUCCCGAACUAAAAGUCAUUCAUGUCCACCCCGGUUUCAUCAGGACCAAGAUGAACCUGAAAUCCGGCAUAAAAGAAGUCCCAUUUGAUGACAUUGAUUUGGCCGCCCAUUUCGUGGUGUGGUGUACCAGUCCCACUGCUGGAUUCCUCAACGGCCGCUUCGUGUGGGCGAACUGGGAUGUCGAGGAACUGAAGAUGAAAGAGUCUUCGAUACGUGAAGAGAGGAAGCUUACUUUU